GGCAAAGGUCCGAGAAACGGUUUCAGUAGAGGUGGGUGCUCAAAAGUGAACAUUUUGGUUGGUUGCGUGUCAAGCGGGAAUAGUUGUGCUUUGACUGAAAAAUAGUCCAGCAAUAUUUUGCAAAACAACUCCUAUAUAAAAAUGGCCACUUUAUUUCACAGAUCUGGCAUCAAAUUUCUUGAAUGUGGGAAACUUUCCCAAGCAUCAAGUAUCUUGCGCCAACUUAGCGAUGCCUCCACCGAUCUCAAAGCUAUCCUCGCCGCAAAAAUACCCAAAGAACAAGAAAGGGUGAAAAAUUUCCGAAAAAACCAUGGAAACACCAAAGUAGGUGAAGUAACAGUCGACAUGAUGUACGGAGGUAUGCGUGGAAUCAAGGGGUUGGUAUGCGAGACCUCAGUUUUGGAUCCUGAUGAAGGUAUCAGGUUCAGAGGUUUCAGUAUCCCUGAAUGCCAGAAGCUCCUCCCUAAAGCUCCUGGUGGUGAGGAACCCCUUCCCGAAGGGUUGUUCUGGCUUUUGAUAACUGGAGAUGUACCUACUGAGGCACAGGUGAAAGCAAUAUCCAAGGAGUGGGCUGAACGCGCAGAACUUCCAUCCCAUGUGGUCACCCUCUUGAAUAACCUACCAUCAAAUGUUCACCCAAUGUCUCAACUCUCAGCAGCUAUGACCGUACUGAACAGCGAGAGUAAAUUCGCUAAGGCAUACGCCAGUGGCGUCCACAAGUCAAAAUACUGGGAAUACACCUAUGAAGAUGCUAUGGAUCUCAUUGCAAAGCUACCAGUUGUGGCAGCCACCAUUUACAGGAACACCUUCAGAGAGGGCUCUGGCAUUGGAGCUAUCGACACAUCCAAGGAUUGGAGUCAUAACUUCACCACCAUGUUGGGAUACGAUAACCCUGAAUUCAUUGAACUAAUGAGACUAUACCUGACAAUUCACAGUGAUCAUGAAGGUGGAAAUGUAUCAGCUCACACAGUGCAUUUGGUUGGGUCUGCACUAAGCGAUCCUUACCUUUCUUUCGCUGCUGGUAUGAAUGGGUUGGCCGGGCCACUUCACGGUCUCGCAAACCAAGAGGUGUUGGUUUGGUUGCAAAAGCUGCGACAACAGGUUGGAGAUAAAGCCACUGAAGAUCAACUCAAAGAUUUCAUUUGGAAAACUCUCAAGUCUGGACAGGUUGUACCUGGUUAUGGACAUGCCGUACUAAGGAAGACUGAUCCUAGGUACACCUGUCAGAGAGAAUUUGCUCUUAAACAUCUUCCCAAUGAUCCCUUAUUCCAGUUGGUAUCGAACGUCUACAAAGUUGUGCCCCCAAUACUUUUGGAAUUGGGCAAAGUUAAGAACCCCUGGCCUAAUGUAGAUGCCCAUUCCGGUGUACUUUUGCAGUAUUAUGGUCUUAAAGAAAUGAACUACUACACCGUACUCUUUGGAGUAUCCAGAGCUCUUGGUGUAUUGUCCUCCCUUGUUUGGGACCGUGCCCUUGGUUUACCCAUUGAAAGACCAAAAUCCAUGUCCACUGAUGGUCUGAUGAAAGCUCUUAAAGCAUAAUGAAUAAACCAAGAAGAAUUCACAAUGGGCCUGCUGACAACUGACAAGAUAGAAAUGAUAGGAGUACAUUUUCAGACAAUAGGACUAAUUAUUAGAUAGCAGGUCUAUUUUGAAACAGAUAAUUUCAGUUUUUAAUAGGUUUUUUCAAGAACGUAUUCAUAAAUUGAAAUUCUGAUUAUGUACUUCAACACCAUUUGUUAGUGGCGAAAAUUUCAGUUCAAUAUUCCGACAAUUGCUCAUUCACAUUACGUUAAUCUGCCACUAGAAAUUAGAAGUUUAGUUUUGAACAAUAUCCGCAUUUUUUGGUACUUAUAAUGUUGAAAAUCAUUUUCAACCUAAUUGACAGUCGUAUCUUUCAUUUCCAGUUUCUCAAGAAUGUACAGAUUUCAGGUUAAGCGUUUUAUUUAUUUAUUUAAAUGCGAUUAGCGUUUCUCCCUAAACAAAAAAAGCCAUUUUAACCAUCUACAAGAUUAGCAUUGCGAUGUAAAUUUUGUUAUGGAAUAUUUUCCUACCAUUUUCCAGAUUGUAUACAUGGAAAUUUAUAAUCUUCUAAGAUUGUUCACUUGCAAACCUUGAAUUCAAGGAGAUUUUAAAAAUAAAAUUACUUAAAUAU